AUGGAAGGUGACUGCAAGGAUAAACUUGAAAUAAAUCAGAGGUUUCACACUGGGAAGAAACAGUAUGGCUGUGUCGCAUGUGAUAAAACAUUUGAAAAAAAUAGUGACCUAAAAAUACUUCAAAGUGUACAAACAGGAGAGGAAUUAUAUAGGUGUGUGGUGUGUGGCAAAGAAUUUGGAAGGAUUAGUAACCUAAACAGACAUGAAAAAAUUCACUCUUCUGAUCAACAAUACAGUUGUUCAGUGUGUGGCAAAGAAUUUAGAACAAAUAGUCACUUGAAAAUACAUCUGAGGAUACACACUGGUGAAAAACCAUAUAUUUGUGAAGUAUGCAAGAAAGAAUUUGGAAGAAAAAGUGACCUGAAAAUACAUCAGCGUAUACAUACUGGAGAGAAACCGUAUAGGUGUGCAGUGUGUGGUAAAGAGUUUGGAAGUAGUAGUAAUCUAAAUGGACAUAAAAAAAUUCACACUGGUGAAAAAGAACACAGUUGUGUAAUAUGUGGCAAAGAAUUUGGAAAUAAUAGUGACCUAAAAAAACAUAAUAGGAUACACACUGGAGAGAAACCUUACAUCUGCUUAGUGUGUGGCAAAAAAUUUGGCAAUAAAAAUCAACUUGAUGUACAUGAGAGGGUGCAUACUGGAGAGAAACCGUACAGUUGUGAAGUGUGCGGGAAGGAAUUUCGAAGCAAUAGUGACCUAAAUAAACAUAAUAGGACACACACUGGGGAGAAACCUUAUAUCUGCUUAGAAUGUGGAAAAGAAUUUGGAAGAAAUAGUCAUCUAAAAGCCCACAGGAGAAUGCACACUGGAGAAAAACCAUACAGCUGUUUAGUGUGUAGCAAAAAGUUUGGAACAAAUAGUCACUUAAAAAUUCAUCUAAUGAUACACACUGGGGAGAAGCCACAUAGUUGUGUUGUGUGUAGGAGAGAAUUUGGAAGGAAAAGUGACCUAAAAAUCCAUCAGCGAAUACACACUGGAGAAAAACCAUAUAGAUGUGAAGUGUGUGGCAAGGAGUUUGGAAGGAGUACUCACCUAAACAGACAUAAAAGAACUCAUCUACACAACACUAUGCAUGUGGCAUAACUUAGAGAAACGAUAUAGUUGUGUAGCGUGUGGUAAAUAAUUUAUUAGUAAAGGUCAACUUGAAAUGCAUCAAAGAAUACACAGUUUGGAAAAGACUACACAUUUGUUCAGUAUGUAAAAAGAGUUUAGAAGAAAAAAAACUUAAAAAUAUAUCAAUAAGUACUCACUUGAAAGAAAUGUAUUGUGUGACAAGGAGUUUGGAAGAAGUAAUCAUUUUAAAAAGUCAUCAGAAGGUUCAUACUUAUGAAAAAUGAUAUAUUUGUAUAAUCUGUUGAAAUAAAAGUUGUAAUAUGGGUUGUAUAGGUGUUUGGUGUGUCGUAAAAAAUGUGUGACUUAAUAAAACAUAGCAAUUAUAACAUAUUGUGGAGUUGAUACAAUUAUAUAUUGUGUAAUAAAAAAUUUAUAACAAGAUAUUAAUUAAAAAUACACCAAAAAGAUCCACACUAAAGAAAAAAAAUCCAAUGUGUAGUAUGUCUAAUGAUAGCUUAAAAAGAUACGUGAUGGCACACUAGGAGAAAUGAUUCAGUCGUAGUGUUUGUAACCGAGAAAUAAAUAGUCUUAUCAUGUAGAAAGACAUCUUAUUAUUGACAUCUGAAGUAAAUCAUACAGUUGUGAAGUUUAUGGAAAGAAAGAAAUUGUUA